GCCAUCCUCACAGCACGGUGUCCGGCCCCCAGCAGCCCGCAGGUGUGCGUUCAAGAUAGCACGUGGUGCCAGACACUACUUAAGGGGCCACCUCCCCUUGCUUGCCGCUGUCUCCUCCUCCAACCCUGCCCUCCCGGAGCUGCCGGAGGCUCGCGAGUCUCGGAACGCAUCCCACCGCUGGGGCUGCCGCCGUGACAUGGGCGCUGCGGGCCUGUUCGGGGUUUUCUUGGCUCUCAUCGCGCCAGGGGUCCUCGGUCAGUGUAAGUUCCCGCCAAGUUAUCCUUUUGCUAAGCCUAAAGUUCAGAGUGAUCAGUCUGAGUUUGCUGUUGGGACAAUUUGGGAAUAUGAAUGUCUUCCUGGGUAUAAGAAGAAGUCAUUCUCUAUCACCUGCCUAAAGACCUCCAAAUGGUCAAAUACUCAGCAAUUCUGUGAACGUAAAUCAUGUAUGAAUCCUAGAGAACUUCUCCAUGGCUCUGUCCUCGCACCCAGGGGUUUCAUGUUUGGGUCAACAAUUACAUAUUCUUGUGAUAAAGGAUAUCGACUCAUUGGUGACUCAUCCGCUACAUGUAUUAUCUCAGACAAUGCUGUAGUCUGGGAUAAGGGCAUGCCUUUUUGUGAAUCUAUUCCUUGUGAGUCGCCCCCAGCCAUCUCCAAUGGAGACUUUUACACCAGCAAUAGAGAGAAUUUUUACUACGGAAUGGUGGUUACUUAUAAGUGCCAUGUUGGACAGAAUGGGAAAAAGCUGUUUGACCUCGUGGGUGAGAAGUCAAUAUAUUGCACCAGCAAAGAUAAUCACGUUGGCAUUUGGAGCAGCCCUCCCCCUCAGUGUAUUCCUCUAGUCAAAUGCCCAAUUCCAGAAGUUGAAAAUGGAAUCAUGGAAUCUGGAUUUAGGCCUUCAUUUUUCUUAAGUGAUUCUGUGAUGUUUAAGUGUAAGCCUGGCUUUACCAUGAAAGGCAGCAACAUAGCAAGGUGUCAACCAAACAGCACAUGGAAUCCUCCACUGCCAAAGUGCUUCAAGGGGUGUCUACCACCUCCACAUAUCCACCAUGGCAAUUAUAAAAACAUGGAUAAGGAAUUAUUUCUAAUCGGACAGGAAGUGUCCUACAGCUGUGAGCCUGGCUACACUCUCAUUGGAACAAACACUAUGCAGUGUACAUCCUUGGGAACCUGGAGCCAUACAGCUCCCAAAUGUGAAGUGAAAUCAUGUGAUGCCAUUCCAAAGCAGCUUCUCAACGGUCGUGUGGUAGCUCCUCCUAAUCUCCAGCUUGGGGCAAAGGUUUCAUUUGUUUGUAAUAAGGGGUACCGGUUAAAUGGCCAGUCUUCUAGUCAGUGUGUCUCAGAAGGAAUGAGAGUACUCUGGAAUAAUAAGUUUCCUGUCUGUGAACGGAUUUCUUGUGACCCUCCUCCUCUUGUCAAGAACGGACGGAAUAGUUAUUAUUCUGGCCCCGCACCUCUUAACACUGUGGUGAGGUACAGCUGUCAGGGUGCCUUCCGCCUCAUUGGAGAAAGUAUUCUCUUUUGUAUAAGUAAAGACCAAGUAAAUGGAAUCUGGGAUAAAGCUGCUCCCAUUUGUGAAUAUUACAAUAGAAAUUCUAUUUGCCCUGAACCCACAGUACCAGGGGGUUACAGAAGUAAAAAGUCUAGACCACCAUACAGACAUGGUGAUUCUGUGACAUUUGCCUGUAAUACCAACUUCACCAUGAAAGGAAACAAAACUGUUUGGUGCCAAGCAAACAAAAAGUGGGGGCCGACACCACUGCCAACCUGUGAGAGUGAUUUUCCCCUGGAGUGUCCAUCACUUCCCACAAUCGCUCACGGACAUCACACAGGGGAGCGUGUUAGCUCCUUUGCCCCAGGAUUUUCUGUGACCUACAGCUGUGAACCUGGUUACUUGCUUCUUGGCGAAAAGACCAUUCGCUGUUUGUCUUCAGGAGUCUGGAGUGCUGUCACUCCCACGUGUAAAGAGGCACUGUGUGAACCUCCAGGACAGCUUCUCAAUGGGCAGAUAAAGAGGCCCACAAGUUUUCGGGUUGGUGUAACUGUGGACUUUUCAUGUAAUGAAGGGUAUCAAUUACAUGGCCAACCUUCUAGCCAGUGUGUAAUUGUUGGACAGAAUACUUUUUGGACCAAGAUGCCAGUUUGUGAAGAAAUUCUUUGUCCACCACCUCCUCCUAUUCUCAAUGGAAGACAUUCAGGCAGCUCUUCAGUGAAUGUUCCGUACGGAAGCACAGUCACUUACUUUUGUGACCCGAGCCCAGAGAAAGGAGUGAAUUUCAUCCUUAUUGGGGACAGUACUAUCCGCUGUACCAAUGGUAGUCAGAAGACUGGGAUCUGGAGCAGCCCUGCCCCACGCUGUGGCAUAAUUUUAGGUCAAUGCAAAGCCCCGGUGCAUCCUCCAUUUGCCAUACCUACAGAACUGAUUGACAAGGAUGAGUUUCCCAUCGGGACAUCUGUGAAUUUUAAAUGCCUCCCUGGUUACCAUAGCUACUUCAAGAGAGUGUUCUCUAUCAUUUGCGAAGGAAACUCCAUCUGGUCAAGACCUAAAUACAGCUGUAAUCGAAGAUCAUGCAAAACUCCUGCAGAUCCUCUGAAUGGCGUGGUGCACAUAGACACAAACACCCAGUUUGGAUCCAGAAUUACAUAUUCUUGUAAUAGAGGGUAUCGACUCAUUGGUCACUCAUCUGCUGAAUGUAUCAUCUCAGGCGAUUCUGUCAUUUGGGAGACGGAGCCACCAGUUUGUGAACGUAUUCUUUGUGGGCCACCCCCAGCCAUCGCCAACGGAGACUUUGUCAGCACCAGCAGAGAAUAUUUUCCAUAUGGAACGGUGGUGACCUACCGUUGCAACCUUGGAGAGAGAAAGAGGAAGCUGUUUGACCUCGUGGGUGAGCCGUCCAUAUACUGCAGCAGCGAGGACAAUCAAGUUGGCAUCUGGAGCGGCCCUCCCCCUCGCUGCAUUAUGCCUAACAAGUGCACGCGUCCAGAAGUUGAAAACGGCAUCAUGAUGUCUGAGAACAGAAGCUUAUUCUCCUUACAUGAAAUGGUGAGGUUUGCGUGUCAGCCUGGCUUUGCCAUGAAAGGACCCUCCACUGUUCAGUGCCAAGGCCAAGACCAGUGGGUGCCGGGGCUGCCCAGAUGCUCCAGGGUAUGUCAGCCACCUCCCCAAAUCCUGCAUGGUCACCACAGCCCCAACGACAAGGAUGACUUUUCCGCUGGGCAGGAAGUGUUCUACAGCUGUGAGCCCGGCUAUGAUCUCAGAGGGGCUGCUUCUCUGCGCUGUACGCUCCAGGGAGACUGGAGCCCGGCAGCCCCCACGUGUGCAGUCAAAUCAUGUGCUGCCUUGUUGGACCAGCUCCCUAAUGGCCGAGUGCUAGUUCCACUUAAUCUCCAGCUUGGGGCAAAAUUGUCCUUCGUUUGUGAUGAGGGAUUCCAGUUAAAAGGCAGUUCUGCUAGUUACUGUGUCUUGGUUGGAACGGAAAGCCUUUGGAACAGCAGUGCUCCUGUGUGUGAGCAAAUUUUGUGUCCAAAUCCUCCAGACAUCCUUAACGGGAGACACACGGGAAACCCUCUGGAAGUCUUUCCUUUUGGAACAGAAGUGACUUACACGUGUGACUCGCACCCAGAGACGGGGGUGAUCUUCAGCCUCACUGGGGAGAGCACCAUCCGCUGCACCAGUGAUGGUCACGGGAACGGGAUUUGGAGCAGCCCUGCCCCUCGCUGUGAACUUCCUGGUCGCUGUACCGCCCCAGAUCCUUUUCAGUUUGCCAAGUUGAAAAUCCCAACCAAUGAAUCUGAGUUUCCCAUUGGGACCUCUUUAAAGUAUGAAUGCCGCCCUGAGUACCGCAGGUACUCAUUCUCUAUCACGUGUCUAGCAAACCUCACGUGGUCCAGUGUCAAAGAUGUCUGUAAACGAAAGUCAUGUGAAACUCCUGCAGAUCCUGUGAAUGGCAUGGUGCACAUAGACACAAACACCCAGUUUGGAUCCAGAAUUAUGUAUACUUGUAAUAGAGGGUAUCGACUCAUUGGUCACUCAUCUGCUGAAUGUAUCAUCUCAGGCUAUUCUGUCAUGUGGGACACGGGGCGACCAGUUUGUGAACGUAUUCUUUGUGGGCCACCCCCAGCCAUCGCCAACGGAGACUUUGUCAGCACCAGCAGAGAAUAUUUUCCAUAUGGAACGGUGGUGACCUACCGUUGCAACCUUGGAGAGAGAAAGAGGAAGCUGUUUGACCUCGUGGGUGAGCCGUCCAUAUACUGCAGCAGCGAGGACAAUCAAGUUGGCAUCUGGAGCGGCCCUCCCCCUCGCUGCAUUAUGCCUAACAAGUGCACGCGUCCAGAAGUUGAAAACGGCAUCAUGAUGUCUGAGAACAGAAGCUUAUUCUCCUUACAUGAAAUGGUGAGGUUUGCGUGUCAGCCUGGCUUUACCAUGAAAGGACCCUCCACUGUUCAGUGCCAAGGCCAAGACCAGUGGGUGCCGGGGCUGCCCAGAUGCUCCAGGGUAUGUCAGCCACCUCCCCAAAUCCUGCAUGGUCAUCACAGCCCAAACGACAAGGAUGACUUUUCCGCUGGGCAGGAAGUGUUCUACAGCUGUGAGCCCGGCUAUGAUCUCAGAGGGGCUGCUUCUCUGCACUGUACGCUCCAGGGAGACUGGAGCCCGGCAGCCCCCACGUGUGCAGUCAAAUCAUGUGCUGCCUUGUUGGACCAGCUCCCUAAUGGCCGAGUGCUAGUUCCACUUAAUCUCCAGCUUGGGGCAAAAGUGUCCUUCGUUUGUGAUGAGGGAUUCCAGUUAAAAGGCAGUUCUGCUAGUUACUGUGUCUUGGUUGGAACGGAAAGCCUUUGGAACAGCAGUGCUCCUGUGUGUGAGCAAAUUUUGUGUCCAAAUCCUCCAGACAUCCUUAACGGGAGACACACAGGAAACCCUCUGGAAGUCUUUCCUUUUGGAACAGAAGUGACUUACACAUGUGACUCGCACCCAGAGACGGGGGUGAUCUUCAGCCUCACUGGGGAGAGCACCAUCCGCUGCACCAGUGAUGGUCAUGGGAACGGGAUUUGGAGCAGCCCUGCCCCUCACUGUGAACUUCCUGGUCGCUGUACUGCCCCAGAUCCUUUUCAGUUUGCCAAGUUGAAAAUCCCAACCAAUGAAUCUGAGUUUCCCAUUGGGACCUCUUUAAAGUAUGAAUGCCACCCUGAGUACCGCAGGUACUCAUUCUCUAUCACGUGUCUAGCAAACCUCACGUGGUCCAGUGUCGAAGAUGUCUGUAAACGAAAGUCAUGUGAAACUCCUGCAGAUCCUGUCAACGGCGUGGUGCACAUAGACACAAACACCCAGUUCGGAUCCAGAAUUACUUAUUCUUGUCACACAGGGUAUCGACUCAUUGGUCACUCAUCUGCUGAAUGUAUCAUCUCAGGCGAUUCUGUCAUGUGGGACACGGGGCGACCAGUUUGUGAACGUAUUCUUUGUGGACCACCUCCAGCCAUCGCCAAUGGAGGGUUCAUUAGCACCAAUAGAAAAUAUUUUCCAUACAGAACAGUGGUGACCUACCGCUGCAACCUUGGAGAGAGAGGGAUCAAUCUGUUUGACCUCGUGGGUGAGCCAUCCAUAUACUGCACCAGCGAAGACAAUCAAGUUGGCAUCUGGAGCGGCCCUCCCCCUCGCUGCAUUAUUAACAAGUGCACGCCUCCAGAAGUUGAAAACGGCAUCAGGAUAUCUGAGAACAGAAGCUUAUUCUUUUUACAUGAAAUGGUGAGGUUUAUGUGUCAGCCUGGCUUUACCAUGAAAGGACCCUCCACUGUUCAAUGCCAAGCCCCAAACCAGUGGGUGCCGGAGCUGCCCAGCUGCUCCAGGGUAUGUCAGCCACCUCCCCAAAUCCUGCAUGGUCAUCACAGCCCCAACGACAAGGAUGACUUUUCCACUGGGCAGGAAGUGUUCUACAGCUGUGAGCCCGGCUAUGAUCUCAGAGGGGCUGCUUCUCUGCGCUGUACGCCUCAGGGAGACUGGAGCCCGGCAGCCCCCAUGUGUGCAGUCAAAUCAUGUGCUGCCUUGUUGGACCAGCUCCCUAAUGGCCAAGUGCUAGCUCCACUUAAUCUCCAGCUUGGGGCAAAAUUGUCCUUCGUUUGUGAUGAGGGAUUCCAGUUAAAAGGCAGUUCUGCUAGUUACUGUGUCUUGGUUGGAAUGGAAAGCCUUUGGAACAGCAGUGCUCCUGUGUGUGAGCAAAUUUUGUGUCCAAAUCCUCCAGACAUCCUUAACGGGAGACACACAGGAAACCCUCUGGAAGUCUUUCCUUUUGGAACAGAAGUGACUUACACGUGUGACUCGCACCCAGAGACGGGGGUGAUCUUCAGCCUCACUGGGGAGAGCACCAUCCGCUGCACCAGUGAUGGUCACGGGAACGGAAUUUGGAGCAGCUCUGCCCCUCGCUGUGAACUUCUUGUGAAAUCUUGUGCUGACUUCUUGGACCAACUCCCUAAUGGACGUGUACUCCUUCCACCUAAUUUCCAAAUUGGGGCCAAAGUGACCUUCAUUUGUGAUGAAGGGUUUCGAUUAAAAGGCAGCUCAACUAGUCAUUGUGCCUUGGUUGGAGUGAAAAGCUUUUGGAACAGCACUGCUCCUGUGUGUGAACAAAUCUUUUGUCCAAAUCCUCCAGCUAUUCUUAACGGGAACCACACAGGAAAAUCUCUGGAAGUCUUUCCUUUUGGAAAAGAAAUAACUUACACAUGUGUCUCUCACCCAGAGAGAGGGAAGACCUUCAGCCUCACUGGGGAGAGCACCAUUCGCUGCACAAAUGACAGUCAGGGGAAUGGGGUUUGGAGCGGCCCUGCCCCUCUCUGCGAACAUUCUGGUCCUGCUGCUUGUCCACAUCCACCCAAGAUUCACAAUAGCCACCACACUGAAGGACAUGCAUCUCCAUAUCUUCCUGGGAUGAUAGUCAGAUACACUUGUGACCCAGACUACACGUCAGUGGGAAAGGCCUUCUUUUUCUGUACACAUCAGGGGGUUUAUUCUUUUGCUGUUCAUUACUGCACAGAAGUAAAAUGUAGCCUCCCACAGACUAUGAAUGUAAUCCAGAAGGAACUGGAAAUGAGAAAAGUUUAUCACUAUGGAGAUAAUGUAACUUUGGAGUGCGAAGAUGGAUGUACUCUGGAAGGCAGUCCCUGGAGCCAGUGCCAGGAAGAUGACAUAUGGGACCCUCCUCUGGCCAUAUGUACAUCUCGUAUGUGCAGUUGCAAGGAAUGUAGAUCCUUCCCAGUCAUGAUCACUGUUCAUUCACUCAUCCAUACUGUCAUUGAAUGUGGCAUGUGGAAGUUUAUGGCAUGUGCUAAGAGCUAAGGAGUGCAAUGAGAGCCCCUAAUUGUUCCCCCAAAAUCCUUAGCAGUGAGAAUAAGGCAAGCUUUACUCCUCGCAC